AUCUGUCAAUUUUUGUAUCUCUUGAUGUUCAAAGUAUACCAUUACCAUAUAAUGUGGGCUGAUUAUUUCAUUAAUAAUUUGAAUACACUUCUCAAACAAAUUAAAAUUUAGCAUUUAAUAAAUCUAAAUACUUCAAAGAUAUGCACUAUAAUCAAUGUUUAGAACAUAAUUAAAGAUAUUACUAAUUAUAUAUAAAAAAUAAUGUUAAUAGAAAUGUAAUAAGGAAAAAUUGGAUUGCAUUAUCCAAUAAUGUCAUAUUUUCAAGUGGAACCCGGUGCAGCCGGAGAAAGUCUUCUCUCGACUACAGAUAACACUGAAGAUGUAAUCGGUGAGCAGAUGAGCUCCAGCUUAGAGGAAAUCAAAAAUGAUGGUAAGCCGCAGGAAACAGAGGAUUGCAAUAAUGAAACUUUAGGAAAUGUUAGCAGUUAUGAUGACAUUUCUAGUCCUGUGAAAGUAGAUAAUGAUGAUGGUGAGAUUCUUCAGGAUCAACAAUGGGCAUUAAAGGAAAAACAUAUUUUUGUUUUGAGCAUGGCAGGGAAACCUAUUUAUUCCAGGUAUGGAAAUGAAGAUAAGCUGGCCUGGCUUUUUGGAGUUAUGCAAACUUUAGUUAGUUUUGUACAAUCAAAUGAUGAUAAUUUAAUCAGUAUAUCAGUAGCUAAUGUGAAUUUUGUAUUUUCUGUGAAAAAACCAUUAAUUUUAGUUGCUGUAUCAAGAAAACAUGAAAGUAUACCUUAUCUACAGUCUCAGUUGAAUUGCAUCUAUAAUCAAAUAGCAAGUACAUUGACAACUACAAAAUUAAUUAAAAUAUAUGAACAAAGACAAAAUUAUGACUUGAGAAGAUUAUUAAGUGGUGUAGAAAGGCUAAUUAGUCACCUUCUGGAUUUCUCAGAAACAGAACCUGCAUUUUUACUAGGAGCAAUACAGUGCUUGAACCUUAGUUCAAAUAUAAGGGGAAAUAUUAGUUCAGCUAUAAUUAGCUCUUGUAGUAAGAUAAAAAACAUUGUAUUUGCUAUUCUUAUGGCUAACAACAAAUUAAUCACUUUGGUAAGAAUGAAGAAAUACUCUCUUCAUCCAGCUGACCUUCACCUAAUAUUCAAUUUAGUACAAUCAACAGAAAGUUUCAAAACUGUUGAAAGUUGGGCACCCAUCUGUUUACCACGAUUUGAUCCCAGUGGAUUCCUGUAUGGUUAUGUUUCGUAUCUUGCUGAGGAUUGUCAAGCAUGUCUCCUUCUUCUUACAGUAGAAAGAGAUGUAUUUCACACUCUUAAGGAGGCGAAACAGCGGAUUGUUGAAAAAUUAAGACGUAAUAAUUGUUUAGAAGCAAUAAAUGAAUCAUUAGCCAAACCUGAUCUAACCUGUAUGAACUCAGGAUUCAAAGAAGUAAGGCAUUAUUUAUAUAAAUCAAAAUCAACAGCACAGUUCUAUCAACCAUCUUCAAGUCCACCUUAUAAUAAAUAUCCUGAAGUGUUAUCAAGUCUCUAUAAAAGAUUACACCGAAGAUUACAUUGUUCUGCUAGACCUCUAAAACUUUUAUUUGAAAGAAGGGCCGCUGAAGCAAUAUUUGCAUGGGAUACUGUGGGUUUUGAAUUGUAUAUAGUAUUUGAACCGUUAAUUGAAACUAGGGAUGUUGUUGAUAUCAUAGCUAAACUUUUAAGUUGGAUGAAAGAAAGGGAUGAUAACUUAUUUCAUUUACAUGUACCAACUUUUUGAUUCAUUUAAUUUUCAAAAGAAAUCUGUGAAUCUUUUACUAUCAGUAUGAUAUGUUCAUAUCUUUUUUAAAACAUUCUUUGCAAUAUAAAUAGAAUUUAUUGUUAUUUCCAAUGAUGAAGAGCUAUAUUUUACAAUUUCUCUUAUCAAAUAAAGGAUUUUUUUUGCAUUUUUAAUUCUCUCAA